CCCCAAAAGAAACUCUCAGUUCCCCAACAAUAAUUGGAUUUCUGUUCUUCAGUACUGACACAGUCCUGGGGGAGCUAACAUCUGGAAGCUGAUCUGGUCUGGAUGAAAGUACUGUGGCAUGCAAAACAACGCUGCUUUGGCUCGCUGAAGGCUGGGCCCCAAGCAAGGUCACUGCUGCCUCCAAGGAAGAUUGUUAUCAGAGUUAUUCAUAAUGAGCUGUAGCUACAAACAUAGACACCAGUUCAGGAUAGGUGUUUAGGCUGAGCCAUUUCUGAUUCAAGAUGAAGACUCUCAUUCCUUCUAGCAACAAUAUUUAAGUUAUUCCAGGACACUGGGACAUUAAAACAAUAGUCUACUGUCCAUGUAGAAAUGACCACUCCAUAAAAGCCCCUUCAGAUGCUUCUUGGUACACAUUGCCUCUCUAUUGUCUUGCCUACUAUGGCUGUCCUGAAGUGUGUCUAUAAACUCAACUGCUUUCUUCUGUCUUUGGUGCAUUCUUUCACAGCCUGCGUAUCAUCUGCCUGUUAAUACUAUCCCUGGCACAGAAGAGAAUCUAGAAAAGUGGGGAGGAAGUGACACUCGGUUUGGUCUUUGCUGGGAAAGUACCAUUGAUCGGCACCCUGACUGUCCUCUAAGCUGGAGAGAGCCGUAGGCGGUGAACUGCAAACACUGGAGAUAUUGACAGAAGUCAAGGUCGUGGAGGACUAUUUGGCGAAAGCCUGUUGGGCAAGGAUAAACCUGCAGUCUAAAGCAACUGGUCAACCGACUCGCAUUUCAGAGUCUGGGAAAUUACUUAAGAUUUUCAUUCUGACAGCUCUUUAAUCAUCAUUUUUGUGGUUGCAAAGCCACUGUAUAUACUGUUGUAUUUCUGUUAUUCUUCCCUAUUACAGGGUAGACUUUCUUUUUUCACAUUUGUUCCAAGGGGAAAUGUAACUCCUUAGAAGGAACUUGUUUUGAUCUGAAGUGUUUUGAAGGAUGCUUUUGACUGAUAUCAGGGGUUAAUUCCAUCGUGGGUCAAGUCACUGCUCACCAAAUGCUUUGUUGGAUUGUGUGCUGUCUGAUAUGGCUGAUUUCUGCCUUAGAUGGGAGCUGUUCAGAACCUCCUCCAGUGGACAAUAGUGUAUUUGUUGGAAAGGAAACAGAAGAACAGAUUCUGGGAAUUUACCUUUGUAUCAAAGGCUACCAUUUGGUGGGACAGCAGUCUUUGGUCUUUGAUCGCUCAAAGGAAUGGAAUGCUUCCGUCCCUGAGUGCCGGUUGGGCCACUGUCCUGACCCUGUACUGGAAAAUGGCAAGACCAGUUCUUCUGGGCCUGUGAAUGCAGGUGACAAAAUCAUGUUUGAGUGCAAUGAUGGUUACAUUCUCAAGGGAAGCAAUUGGAGCCAGUGUCUAGAGGACCACACCUGGGCCCCCCCUGUUCCCAUCUGCCGAAGCAGAGACUGUGAUGCUCCUGGGUCUCCUGUCCAUGGCUAUCUUGAAGGAGAAACAUUCACUUCAGGAUCUGUUGUUGCUUAUUACUGUGAAGAUGGGUACAACCUAGUGGGCACACAGACGCUGCAGUGCAUUGAUGGGGAGUGGAACAGCUCCUAUCCUACCUGUGAGCCCAUUCAGGAAACCCCCAAACCAGCUGAGCAGAGUGCCCUUGAGAAGGCUGUUCUUGCCUUUCAGGAGAGUAAGGACCUUUGUAGUGCCACAGAGAACUUUGUGAGAAGACUAAAGGAAGGUGGACUAACGAUGGAAGAACUUAAAUAUUCCUUGGAGAUGAAGAAAACUAAGAUGGAGGCAGAUAUUUUACUAAAAUGUCAUAGCUAAGCAG